CUAGUGUCUUCAUUAGCACUUCCUCUUAGAUCUGGUGUUUUUUCUUAUUCGCCACCUUAUCUGAAUUUUCUUGAAAGGUUCCACCUCAUACAGCUCAGUCACAUUGUGUGAAGAUGAGGUGUGGCAAGUACGUCAGAAGUAAGAGUCUCCAUGGCUUGGUCAGUUUUCAUCACUUUCUUUAGAAUGCUGUUAAUGCCAAAGUACACGAAUGGAAUAAAAUGGAGGAAUAGGGAAAUAUAUGCCUAAUUGAAACAGAAUAAGUGAGCUUUUAAACAUUGUUUUGCCGCCUGAGCUAUGGAUGAUUUUGUGAGUAGGAGCAAUGCAUCUUCACUCAACACAACUUCAGUUUCACUCAACACAACUUCAUCUUUAAUCAACAUAACUUCAUUAUCAGCCUCUGUAUCUUCAACGUCAGUCCCUGCACCUCUAACCUCAGUCACUUCACCUCCAACAUCUGGAUUCCCAACAUCAGUCAAUGUCACUACACUGAUCACCAACUCCACCACAGCCUUCCCCGGGUUUCUACCCUCUCUGUUGGACAAGAUCCCGCUGCCAAGAUGGGCAAUCUAUGCAAUAAUUGCCCUGAUCCUCCUGGUGCUUCUAAUCUGUGUGCUGUGCUGCUGCAUAAAAUGCUGCUGCAAAGGGAAGAAGAAGAAAAAGAAGCAGAAUCAGAUGAGCCUGAAAGGACUGAAUGGUACCAGUACAACAGCGCUGGUGCAGCCUGAAGCGACGGAUGUAGAGUACGGAUCACUUAACCAGCCACGGGGGAAGCUGCUGUAUUCCCUGGAGUACAAUGCAGCCCGCUCAGAGAUGUCGGUCGGAGUGAAAGAAGCUGCAGAAUUAAUGGCUAUGGACUCUUCAGGAACAUCUGACCCUUAUGUAAAAGUAUACAUCCAUCCCAACAAGUCCAAAACCUUUGAGACUAAAGUGUUCAGAAAAACUCUGAACCCAGUGUUCAAUGAGCACUUUAAGUAUCAGAUUUCUCAGAAGGAUCUCAGCGAGUCUACGCUCGUGAUCCAGGUGUACGACUUCAACAGAUUCUCCAAACAUGAUGUGAUUGGUGAGCUGAGGCUAGAGCUCUCUGCUGUGGACUGGAACCAUGUGAUUGAGGAGUGGAGUGACCUGAAUGCACCAUCAAAAAAUGAGCAAGAACAUCUGGGUGAGAUUUGCUUCUCGCUGCGGUAUGUCCCCACUGCAAGUAAGCUCACUGUGGUGAUUCUGGAGGCCAAGAACUUAAAGCAAAUGGACACUGGAGGUUCAUCAGAUCCAUAUGUUAAAAUCCAGUUGGUUCUGGACAAGAAGAAGUGGAAGAAAAAGAAAACAUCAGUGAAGAAGCAAACGUUGAAUCCUUACUUCAAUGAAUCUUUUACAUUUGAUGUGUCAUUUGAUCAGAUUCAGAGAGUCCAGUUGGUGAUCUCUGUGUGGGAUCAUGAUAAAGUGAGCAGGAAUGAUGCCAUUGGGAAGAUCUUCCUGGGAUGUGAUGCUACAGGAAACCAACUGAGGCACUGGGCAGACAUGCUGUCAAACCCACGCAGACCCGUGGCACAGUGGCAUACACUGCUCUCAGCCGAGCAGGUGGACUCGACUCUGGCCCUGAAACACACACUGAGAAUUCCAUUCACCAACAAGACUUUUUAAAAGUGUCACCACUUCAUUUUGCAAACAACUUUUGUGCCAUACGUUUUACCAACAUUUAUCCAGUAGAAACAUCAAAAUGUGGAUGUUUAGCACUUUGAAAACUAAGCAAAAUGACUUCAUCAGUCUGUCUUAAACUGAUACACUGUCUAAAAAAACAUAUUUGCACAUGUGUACACACAUUCCUGAUAAUACAACACAGUAUAUUUUCAAGAGCUCAGAUUUUACUUGUCACAUACACAGUUAUAUAAAGAACAUAACUUGAAGUGAAAGAAAAUCCCAGCCUACUCCUCCUUGGACUGCGCAUAUGAAUAAACUACAUUUAAGAACUGUACAUAACUACAUAUAAAGUUUCUUUUUAACAUAAACACUAUUUACAUCCACAAACUUUUCUAUGACU